GGCCACGCCUACUAAGGGGAGGCAACGCUGAUGAGUGCAUGCUAAAAUGGCUUCGUUCGCAUACAGGAUUGUGCAUGUAGAAAUAUUUCUACAUUUAACCAUGAAGUCUGUCAAGUUGUGAAUCUCUGCGUAAUUGACUGGAUCGUCUUUAUUAUUUCGAAACUCUCUUCUUCGAAAAUGUCAGGAUGCUGCGGUUGUGUCGCUGCACUCCGACCUCGAUACAAGCGUCUUGUAGACAACAUAUUUCCAGCUAAUCCACAUGAUGGAUUAGUGAAGAGUAACAUGGAAAAGUUGACAUUUUAUGCACUGUCAUCGAGACCAGAAAAGCUGGACAGGAUAGGCCAGUACUUUGAGCAGAGACUGACAGCUGACAUCAACAGACACAGAUAUGAAUAUGUUUUUAUUGCCAUGGAGGCCCUUGAUCAGCUCCUUGUUUCCUGUCAUGCUCAUUCACUGAACUUGUUUGUGGAGAGCUAUCUCAAAAUGGUGCAGAAACUCUUGGAGUGCACUGACCCUGACCUCCAGAUUACUGCUACCUCCUCUUUUGUAAAAUUUUCGAAUAUUGAGGAGGACGCACCUUCGUAUCAUCGUCGUUACGACUUUUUUGUCUCGAAGUUCAGUUCAAUGUGUCAUUCAGGUGACCAGUACGACAGGGACACCAAGCUCAAAUUUCGCAGAGCAGGCCUGCGUGGUAUUCAGGGUGUUGUUCGCAAAACUGUGUCAGACGACCUGCAGGUCAACAUCUGGGAGCCAAUCCACAUGGACAAGAUUGUGCCAUCGCUACUGUUCAACAUGCAGGACACCAGGUUCAACCCUGCAGAUGUGGAGAGUCCCAGAGAUGAGGAUAACCCUGCACAUUUGGCAGAAGUUGUGUUUCGUGAUCUCAUAUGUCGUGCUUCCUAUGGAAACAUACGCUCUAUUAUCUUGCCAGUGCUUACACAUCUUGAUAAUCACAAGCUCUGGGUGCCAACAGAUUUUGCCAUAAGAUGUUUCAAGGUUGUCAUGUUUUCUGUCCAGAGCCAGCACAGUUAUCUGGUAAUUCAGCUUCUCCUGUCCCAUCUUGACAAGCAUGUCAAGGACGACCCUGAAAUCAAGACUUCUAUUAUCACUGUUCUCUUUGAAGCUGUCCUCAUCUCUGCAGGUGGUUCAAUAGGGCCAUCUGUACUUGAAGUUUUCAACAAUCUUUUGAGGCACCUACGAAUCUCUGUAGACAACAGAAGUUCAAACCAAGCACUUCACACAGCUGAGGUCAGAUUUCAGGAUGCAAUUGUCAACACCAUUGGGGAGUUUGCCAAUAACUUGCCAGAUUAUCAGAAGAUAGAAAUCAUGAUGUUUGUGAUGGGAAAGUUCCCUCAGUUUGCUGAUGAAGAAGUAGGGGGUCAGAUGGAUAUGCAACUGCAGAUGAGCCUUUUAAAAACCCUUUUGAAGGUGGCUACAAAAUAUAAGACCGUGAACAUGUCUAACGCUUUUCCACCGGAAUUCCUUCACCCGUUACUUCGAAUGUCACUUCUGGAAGAUGCUGGAAUGCGGAUUACUGUACAAGCCAUUCUCCACACACUUAUUGAUCGUCACGGCAACACUGAAAAGCUUAAGAGUAUUGAGCUUUGUCCUGAUAUUGCAUGUUUAGAGCUGACAGUGGAAAAGUGUUCUAGGCAAGAUAUACUUUUCAUGAAAAAGAGUGGGAUACAGUUCUACUGCCAUAUCCUUGAGAAUCUACAGCUGGAAUCCAAUCGUGUGGACAACCUGGAGGCUGUCUACUGUACCAUGGGACUGCUGGCUGUGGAGAUGGGCUGUGAUGAGAUCAUUGUAGACCUCUAUCGCCUGGCCCUUGAUAUCCAGACAGUUGCAGUCUCCUCAGCUCUUCCCAUAACACAUCGGUGUGCUCUGCAUGCUAUGGUUGCAGCAUACCUCAACUUAAUAAGUCAGCUGCUGUCUGGACCGGCCAUUUGUUCAUACAUCACAAAUAUAGUUCAAGUGCGCCAGACUAGUGCCCCUCAUCUGUUGCCAGACUUUGCUUAUAACCGCACCAAUCGACCUCAGAGCCUGACUGCACUAGAAAAGUCAGAACUCUAUCCAAGGAACGAGACUGUCAAAGAAGAUUGGCUGUUUGACCAAAGUUUGUUAUCAGAUCAUCUUGCCAACAUGGGUCUGGACGUUGGACGUCUUGGUACUCCUUUCACACAAAAGCCCUUUGUUGGAGAUGCAAAAGAACAUAACCAAAGCAUCAGUGACAUCGGGUCUAUUAACAUUGAUAUUGAGAGUGUUGAUGGUUCACCAAUCAUGACAAAGCGAAAGUUCAGCUCUUCGGAAGAAAUUACUGUUGAGUCACUGAAGAAGAUGUUAGCUGAAGAGAGAACAGAGGACAAGGAGGAGAUAGAAAGGAGGAGAAGGGAGGUAGUGAAAACAUUCCAGACUGCUCCCUUUGAAGAAAUCGUUGCAAGAUCAGAGGCAAAGUCCAACCACUUCCACAAUAAACUUAGUGAAAUCUUGGAUAUGGUUUCUUCAACUUCAGUGAAAAAGUCAUCACCUGUAGAUGGAAGUGCCAGUGAUUCUUCGGACCAGGUUUUUGGCAUGCAGUUCCCAGAUCUUUUUGUCUACUAGCUGUGACACAUGCUGUCAUCAAUAGUGUACACAUGUACUUUCUUGAUUGAAAGAAGGAACAUGCUUUUUCAGAAGUGAGAAGUUGUGCAGUGGGUGAGAACUAAUAGCACAUCAGAUGACCACUUCAUGAGGAAAGCAGUGGAAGAUGAUGAUGAGAAAUAUUUAAAAACAGAUGAGAAGUAGGGCUGAUGAGUUGACACCUGUAAGAAAGAAACUUGUAUGGCAAUGCAUUUGUUCUUUCGUAAUGGAGGAUUCAAGAUGGAUAAGUUUGUCCAAAGAAAACCACCUUCUCCCUGUCAUACACUGGGCAGCAUAAAUGAGCUAUAGCUGAGACACAUGAAGCAAGUAGUGUUGCUCUGGGAGUAGACGACGCAAACUGCCAUUGUAGCCUGAUAGCAUGUUGUGAAUGCUUUUAAUGGAUUCUUUGAUCAAGAAUCGAGUAAGUUUAUUUUUUGGGUGUCUCUCCUUGCUGAUGUUGUUUGACUCUUACAUGAGACAAGGAAAGCAGUUGGUGAAAAUAGAGAUAUUGCCAGUAAUCUGCCAUCUGACAAGGUUAUCUCAAAAGUUCACACACACACACACGCAUAUGUUCUACUAAUUGAUCUUUGAUUAAGAUCUCCCAACUGUGGUGGGUUUAUGAUUUUUUUUUUCAACAUUGCCAUGAAGAAUGUGCUUGGGAUUUUGUUGUUGGGGAUGGGAGGGUGAGGCUGUUUAUGCUCAAGACUUUAUGUAAAUCAUUUGCAGUCUAUGCAGUAGUGUUCAGGCUGCAAACAUCCAUGAUAGUGAAUAGAUGUCAUCUACAGUAAACUCCAAUUGUACGAUAAAAUAAAAAUCUGUUUUGCAUGUUUUACCUGUCAUUUGUAUAUGGCUGCCAAACAUUGCACUUGCUUAUGAUUUACCCAAUCCUGGAAGACCAUAGGUUUCCUCUUCUUCCCCAUUGUGAAAAAGACAUUGUGGUGGUAUUCAAAUCUUUUCUAAAAGAUAAAAUCUUUUUCAGUUUGUGAUUUUUACAAAUAUAUUGGCAGGAAGAUUGUAUUUGACCAUGUACUGUGAACGACAGUUGCAGCGUGUACAUUUGAGAUCAUGCUAGAUACUUCUCGAAUACAGAUGAAAAGCAACGUUAUUGUUUAUGGGAGAAUGUGUUGUAAUCUAACAAUAAAUUUUCAUCUGCCUUGGUCUCUGAACAAUCUUAGCAAAGUGUAAAGGCAUGUCUCAUAUUUUAUCAUGUGCUACCAACUGAUUGGUUAUUUUUGGUGUGUACCAGCUUUUAUAUUUUCCUCUUGUGAACAAAUGUUUUGAGUAAAAUCAUAACACUUUCUUUAUCAAACUCUUUAUUUUUAACUUUCUAGAAUUACAAAAUGAAUUUUCCACACUAUAUUGUGGAGUUUUUAGUAGUUACACUUUAUUUCUAAACAAAAUUCUGCAUGCUUGCUUGAUUUAAAGAAAAGUGGGAUUUAGAUCAUUGACAGCCUGCAACACCAAAGAUACUAUCUGAUAUGUCCAGAUCUGUGAGCAAGAAGUACAGAAGGAAAGUUGUAAAUUUAUUUUGUUGUUCUCAAAUGCUUUCGAGAGAUCCUGUAUCCAUAGCAACAUCCAAUUCCUGCUUGUAUCCCAGUUGACUCAGUUGUAGUGCAUUGCUUGUCCGCAUCAUGAUAGCAGUAUGCACUCUCCUUCCCAUCUUUCUACUCCCAGGCCAAACCAUCCACACUUGUACCAAAAAUUCACCCUUAUUUAUUUGUACUAUUUGUCAUGAAUAUUAAUUAGCUUAAUGUAGUUGAUGUUUAUUGCUAUUGUUGUCACUGUCAUCAUGAACAAUUCUUGCGGUGAAGAGCGUCUGUUGACACGUGUAAAUUUUCUUCAGAUAGUGUAUAUGGAGAAGGAUAUGGCAUUGUUUUAUAUUGAAUUCUUUUUAUAUAUUUGUGAUAUUCCUUAAGUUGCAAUCUCCCUGACAGUGUCACCUUGAUAAAGAGUGUAAUGAAUUUCAACUUAGGAAAUACUCUUUGCUAGCAGUAUGGUGCAACAGUUUUUGUCACUCAAAAACAUUUUUAAAAAGGUAGAUGCAAAGAAAUCAGCGGUGUAAGACUGCUAAUGAUUUUUUAUGUCUUUAUAAAAAAUGCUGCAAAGGCUGUGUCAUAUUUUUUGUCCACUCAUCAAAACUGAAAAUAGGUUUUGCCAUGCAUAUUUGUGAUUUGCAAAUUUUAGCAGGUGCAUGCAUCUUUUGCCAAAUACUUGCUUCAGUAUUACAAGGCUAUGCUAAACACUCUUAUUCAUUUCUAAACUUACACAUGUGCAUGCAUGAACACACAAAUAAUAAGCCAGAACUCACCACACUCAAACCUUCAUUCAAGAGUUGCAUAUCCAUCCAUGGUGAUCAAAGAACAGUUGGGGAUCAUCCUUAUCCUGUGUUGGGUAAACAAUAUGGGAAAAAAUGUCUGUUAAAAAAAGGUUAAUUUAAACUAAUAAUAAUAAAUGGGCUAAAGUAAGGAAAAAAUAAAACAUCAGUUCUCAUUAUUCUACAUGUUGAAAGAGCCUUGCAUGUUGUUAAACUGUAACCACAA